ACUUCGCGAACGGACGAGCGUCACUCAAGAACGAUGAUGAUGUGGAGAAGCGCAGCAUUGGUGGUGGUGAUGCUGGUUGCCAUGGCAGCGGUUGCCAUGGCUGCUGUCCCCGGACCCAAGAACCCACGCUAUCCGGACAAUAUUGUCGAGCCUAAGGUGAAGUGUUCAAGCGAGGGUGUCUUCCCUCACCCUAGGAACUGCAGCUGGUAUUACAGGUGUGUGGACAGGAUGAAGGUGGGCUUCUACUACACCUACUUGUUCGAGUGUGGCCCCGGCACCGUCUUCGCCGACGAUCUCGACCAGUGUGUCUUCCCCUUCAUGACGGCGCCUCCUUGUGGCACCGGAACCGGAGUGCCACCCAUUACAUUACCUACACCUAGACCCACAGUACCUACAACUAGACCCACAGUACCUACACCCACACCCACAGUACCUACACCUAGACCCACACCACCUACACCUAGACCCACACCACCUACACCUAGACCCACACCACCUACACCUAGACCCACACCACCUACACCUAGACCCACAGUACCUACACCUACACCUACAUCUACAAGUCCAGUAAUACAGUGCGCGUUCAGAGACACGAGCUGUCAGACGUACCAGGUGUGUCAGCCCACCAGAGCCACCAAGACGCUGUGUAACACCUGCUACGUGGCCAAUACUAUCCCCAUCCAGGCCAGCGACAUCUGCGGGGCCGAACAGCUCAUUGACAAGGCCCUCAACCAGUGUGUCCCUCGCCCUAAAGCGACAGACCUGUGUCCGGCGAGCACGACUCCUCCUCCGACAGUGCCCAUCACCUCCACCAACGUGCUCAGGUGCUCAGACCAGCAGACUAGACCCAAGGAGGAUUGGAUCGUCAGUCGGUACUGUCAAGUGUUCGCCCUAUGUGACGCCAAUAAGACGUUUAAGGGUCGUCAAGAACUGUGCACCAACUACUACCAGUGUAACAAGAACCCCAACGGGUCGUGGAGCUUCGAGCUGAGAAACUGUCUCCCCCCAUUAAUGUACAGCUUCACUACUGACAGCUGUGUCCCCCGUCCAUCAGCCAAUGAAUUGUGUUAAUAGAAAACGGCAACGCUCCGCAACACACUGCUACCUGAUACCUGCUGUUGACACCCAAAAGCUUCGACGCUGUUGACACUCAAAAGCUUCGACGCUGUUGACACUCAAAAGCUUCGACGCUGUUGACACCCGAAAGCUUCGACACCCGCCGCCACGCUACUGAAUUUCGUACCGCUUGGCACCCUCUCAUUGAAUACCCUGCCCUGUCACAUCAACCUGUAGCAGCACCUACGAUUAGAUGCCCUCAAUUUUGACACUGGAAUUUGAUAUCGCUUGUGACUCGAAGCUGACUUGAGCCUCCUCGUCUAGAAGACAAUUAGCAACAUUCAAGAAUUAUGCCUGUCUCAGGUCAAAGGUCGACCGCUGAUGAACAUAAGACAAGAAAUAAAGCUAUCUCAAGGGGGGGGGGACACACUUUUGAAUUAACUUUGUUUAUGAAGUGUGUGUUUAAUUUACACACACAUUCACUAAAGUCAGACAAUUCUUCCCCUUAGUGUCAUCCAUAUUCAAGCCUUUUUACAACCUCAUAACCCUCCAAAAUCCUACGGUGUAUCUCAUAACCCUUCAUAACCGACGCCUCUACAUGACUCCAUAUUCCCACUACACAACCCUCCAUACUUCCCCUACACAGCCUUCC